GCAAUGUGCAGUAGUACAGUCUGCUAGGGGGAGGGAUAGCACAGACAUGCCAGACAGCUGAUUCCCAGCUCUACUCAGAACAGGGGAGAGGCAUCCUCCUUGCAAGAUCACAAAUCCUGAGAUCCUCAUAGGACCCAGGCGAGGACAGCAUUGGGGGGGGGAUACCUAACAUGAACCCCCAGCACUGAUCAGUGCUGCCAAGAACAAACAAGAGGGGCGCCUUGCUUUGGUGGUGUCCUAUCUGGACCUAAGCUGCCAGCUGCAGGAUGGCAUUCAGUCCCUGGCAGAUGCUGUCACCAGUCCAGUGGGCAAAAUGGACCUGGUCAGCAGUGAGAGGUGCCGGAGGGGAGGCCAUGGAGGAUGACGAGGAGCAGGAUUCUGGCUCCGACUCGGAGGGAAACUUCGACACGCCUGAAGCCGAAACUCCCAUCCCGUCACCUGUCAAGGAGCAAACUCGAGGCUUGACAGAAACAAAGAAAGAGGUAACCAAACUCCUAUCUGAAUUAACUCUAAAUGAGAACAACAAUAUAUCAGGUAAUGGAACCUCAGAACUAGACCAUGAAACCAAGGACAGAGUUACAAGUGCUCCGGAUGUUUGCUGUGAUGAUGCCACCGUCAACACAUCUAGAAGUACAAUCCAAGAAUCCAUUCCUGACAAUGCUAUAGUGCAGCCACCAGAAGAUCUAUCCGUAGUUAAAUGUCUUUUUCCAUCAAAUGACAACGAUACUCAGCGUAAAAUGGUGGAUGGGGAAUACUUGGAAGAUGAUAAUGAACAGUUCAAGAAUAAUAAUGUCCUGCAGACAGACAAUGGCUUGGUAAUGGAUUCUUCUGAGAAAGAUGUUGACCAGAACUCCAUUAUGGAAUCCUUGGAAAAUGCCAAUAAAGAUUCACCGAAGAAAGUUCGAAAAUCAGUCAGCAAACUUCCAUCAAGGAUAACAAAAGUCCAUGGUCAGAAGACAACACCCACAAGCACAGAUACCACUACUAACUCGGAGGAUGUCCCCAGCCAGUGGGAUGACCCAAACUUCAACCCUUUUGGUGGAAAGUCAACCUUGCCUCCUUCUCCUACUGUCACUAAAGCACCGACUGGAUUCAGAAAAGACUUGGAUGAUGACUCCCUGGAUCAUCACAAGCCAAGCAAGGCACUGUCCAGCUCUGAAUCAGAUCUUACCCAGGAAUCUAUACCAGGGAAAGGAACUGGAAGUGCCCGAUCAUCUCCAAAGUUGGGAAGAUCACGUCUCAUCACGACUUCUGAGCAAGUGAAAUUUCUCUGUUUUCUGUUGAACAGCUGUAAAGUGCAGAGUUAUGAAGGCUCAAGUUUGGUGUUAGAUGUGUGUACUCAGCAAGAAGAUGGAUCUCCUACCAUUGAGAAGAGAGAAGGACAUGCUACAGACGAGGAGAAGCUGGCAUCUGUUCCAGCACCAAAGCCGAUGGGCACCGGGGUCAAAAGUCAACAAGAAGAGGAAGCAGAGUUUUUCGAGUGUCCCAAUGACUCUACGCCAGGAUUGGGAAAGCAAUCAUCUCUGGAGGCGUCUGAAGCUUCACCUCAAUGCAGCAGCUCGCUCAGUUUAGGGAGUCAGAAUCCCCUGGAUGCCUUGUACCUGAGUGACCGAGCUGCGGUGCUGACUCUCAUCCGGGAGGAGAUUAUCAUGAAGGAGAUGGAAGCCAAGGACUGGCAGAUGAGGUAUGAGCAGAGCCAUACGGAGGUGCUGGAAAUGAGGAAAAUCGUUGCUGAAUAUGAGAAAACUAUUGCACAGAUGAUUGAGGAUGAGCAGAGGGGUAAGAUGGCUUCCCAGAAGAGUCUCCAACAGGUCACCUUAGAGAAGGAACAAGCCCUUGCGGACCUAAACUCAGUGGAAAGAUCCUUGUCUGACCUCUUUAGGAGAUACGAAAACCUCAAAGGUGUCCUUGAAGGCUUCAAGAAGAAUGAAGAAGCUCUUAAGAAAUGUGCACAAGAAUAUUUAGCAAGAGUGAAGCAAGAAGAGCAGAGGUACCAGGCCCUGAAAGUGCAUGCAGAAGAGAAACUGAACAAAGCCAAUGAGGAGAUCGCGCAGGUUCGCACCAAGGCCAAAGCAGAGAGCGCAGCUUUGACAGCAGGACUAAGGAAAGAGCAAAUGAAAGUGGAGUCUCUGGAGAGAGCGCUGCAACAGAAGAACCAAGAGAUAGAAGAGUUGACAAAGAUCUGUGAUGAGCUCAUCGCCAAGAUGGGAAAGGGCGACUGAUGUCCUCCCGCCAGCUCACGAUAACCUUCCUCACCUACUACUUGUCACCUGGCUUCCAAGCAGCAUGAGCCCUGUAACUAUAAGAGACUAUGAACUCUCCCUCCUUCCUCCUAUGAGACAUGUACUGAUCACUCCAGGCUUCUGAUUCCUGCAGGAAGAGCCCCCCCCCCCCCUUGGUGUAUAUAUAUAUUUUUUUAACCCAUGGAACCCCCUUGUUUUGGUACCAUACCUGUAUUGACUAUGUGUUAGGCUUUACCACUACUGUCAUAUGAUGUCCUCAGCCAGGUCCUGCUGGUGGUCCUGUGCUUGUAAAUAACCCAGGUACAUUUGCUGUGUGGUCCUAGCAUGGAGCCCAUUAGAUGCCCCUGCUAUGAGCAGUAACUGAUGCCCACCUGAUCGUGUCUAGGUAUAAGCCUCUUAAGCAGCGUUAACAUUGUCUAGAAGAAAAGGCUAUUACCAUGCACUUAAUCAUUUCUGCACCCUGCAGAGUCCUGGUAAAUACUUUAUAUUUUUAAAUAAGAAAACCCUACAGAGGCAUUAACCCUCUAUUAUAAGCAGUAGUCCAUGCGCGGCCAUCUUUUUUUUAUUUAAUACCAUCAAUCAUCAAGGGGUUACGGUAAAUGUUGCCAUCACAGUGCACUCUUCACCCCCCGCCUUAUAUAAGCAUACAUCCCCUGAGCGUCUCAUAAGAGGAUUGGGCAGGAUUUCACUAUGCUUGCUGACAAUGAUGAUCAUACAAUAUUGGCUGGUCCAAUAGACAACUUGAAGUGAAAUCUUGAAGUGCCGUUUCGAAGACCUCGGAAUGCAUGGACUUAAAGAAAAAUAACAAAUAUAAAAUCUUCUAUAAAGGGAUCCAUCUACUUGAUUGAACUAGGAAGUGCCGGCUCUAGGAAUGGGUUGGCCAAAGUUCAAUUUAGGUUAUAGGUUUAUGGUAUCCAACACCAAAUAGAGAGAAGGGGUGAAGGUUAAAUUGGUAGGAUCAGAAUGCAUCCAGUAGAUGCCUUCAUAGCCAUGCGUUUGAACAAAUAUUGGUGGCACUGUCUAUGUCAAUUCAAGACAAAAAGGCCCAAUUUGUUUGCCCCAUACUGAGGGGAUCCAUCUGCUGAUGCUUUGAAGUUCAAUGCUGGUGGCAGAUCAGAAGUGUAAGACCCCAAAGUGUAAGGCAAUCUUGCAUUCGGCACCCAGCUCUUUGCGCUGCCAGCUCACAAACUGGCGGGUGCCGACCACGGGGCCGGAGUAUCGUGACAUCACGACUUCGCCCAACGUGACGUCACCCCCCCGCCCCCGCUAUGCAAGUCUAUGGGAGGGGGCGUGACGGCUGUCACGCCCCCUCCCAUAGACUUGCAUAGCGGGGGGUGACAUCACACGGGGCGGAGUCGUGAUGUCACGAUACUCCAGCCCCGGUCAGAAAUCUUAUCCCCUAUCCUUUGGAAAGGGGAUAAGAUGUCUUAGGGCUGGAGUACCCCUUUAAGAGCCAAGUGGUUCUAUAGUAGAAGGUAUUUUUGCACAGAACAAUGCCAAAUGCAUACAGUCUCCAUGAGUCCUGAAAAUCUCCCAAAACAUUUUCUUCUAGAGUUAGACUCUUGAUAUCCGACCUCCUUCCCCAUAAAUGAGUGUUGUAGAGGUCACAGAGGUUUCUUAGCCAGCUAUCUCCCAACCACACCAUCUUGAGUGGCCACUAUGGAACACUGAUAGCAUCUCGAUGAAUUCACUGGGAAUAGAAUAUUCUAUUUCAUAUUACAAUGUCUUUAUCUUUGGAACCCAACACAAGGGGGCAUCUCCUAAAGAUUGCCAUAGGCCCAGCUUCAGAAUCCCCAAGCGCUCGACUGUUCUCAUUGGGAGGAACCUAUGGUUGUGCUUAUAUUUCUCCACUUUCAGGAUAAUGUAUGGCGGCCAUUCAGACAAAUCCUGGACCCCAGUGAGUGAUGUCUAAAAGCGCAUAUAUAAAAGAGCUGUGGAGAAUACACAAGCCAAUGAAUUAAAGGGGUACUCCACUGGAAAAUAUAUUCUGUAUAUAUAUUUUUUUUUUUUUUUUAAAUCGACUGGUGCCAGAAAGUUAAACAGAUUUGUAAAUUACUUCUAUUUAAAAAUCUUAACCCUUCCAGUACUUAUCAGCUGCUGUAUACUACAGCGGAAGUUCUUUUUUUUUUUUAAUGAAUUUCCUUUUUGUCUGACCACAGUUUUCUCUGCUGCCACCUCUGUCCAUUUUAGGAACUGUCCAGAGCAAGAUAGGUUUUCUAUGGGGAUUUGCUCCUACUUUGGACAGUUCCUAAAAUGGACAGAGGUGUCACCAGAGAGCACUGUGGUCAGACAGAAAAGGAAAUGCAAAAAGAAAAGAACUUCCUGUGGAUCAUACAGCAGCUGAUAAGUACUUGUAAGGACUAAGAUUUUUUUAAAUAGAAGUAAUUUACAAAUCUGUUUAACUUUCUGGCACCAGUUGAUUUAAAACAUUUUUUUUUCCAGUGGAGUACUCCUUUUAAUGGGUUGUCUGGCUAUUUCUUUUUAUGUGUAAUAGUAUUCAAGCCUGUAACCAUCUGCUGCCAUUCUGCUGGUGUCCUGUCCCUGCUGCUCACUGUUUCCUGGUCUCCAUAUAGGUACAAACAAGGGCCCACUCAACCCGACACUGGAGGUGGUCCCCACCAUGUAAAUGGCUUUCUGAUCUCUACACUUCCUUAUGUUGGAAUGGAGACCAGGAAGUGAAGAACAGCGGGGACCGGGCACCUGUGAAACGGCAGCAUCGGGGAACAUACAGAAUAUGUAUUGUUAGUCCAGUCUGACCACUUUUAAACAAGAAAUGGCCGAACAGCUCCUGUAAAAUUUCGGGGUUGGAAAUUGGGCUUUAUUCACUGAAGGUUCCGCUUUAAUUU